UCAUUUUAUGGGGCACACUAACUGAUUUUGACACGGACAUAAAAAGCGGCGUGAUGAUAAGCCACUCCACGGGCGUCAUCACAUGGAUUGCAAAGGCUUUGGUAAUAGAAGCUUUCGUGGGAAACGCGAUGGCGGGCUUGUACACUGGCGUUCGAGCUUCGCGUACCGCGGCCAGUAUUUUUCUUGGACGGCGGCAUGAUGUGGCAACGACGCGACCAGCCAAGAACGCUCUGCGAUUGUCCAACAGCAGGCCAUGCGGCUUCAAGGCGCUCGGCGCACUGACCGUCGACGCUGCGUUACCGCUGCGACUCGCUGCGCUGGUCGGCUCCUACACGGUCGUCUUGUUGCAAUUCGCGUUGCAGAAGUAA